CACACACACACACAGCACCAGGGGUGAUGUCGAGCCGCCACUUGCGUCGCUUGCGUCGACUUCGCGGGGACAACCCCGAGACCGACCUUGCAGUUGAACCGGAGUCGGAGAGGACACACGCUGAUCAACAACAGGGGCAGCCAAGUGAUGGCGAUGAUGAUGGCAGCAACAGCAAUGACAGCGACAACGACAGCGACAGCAAAGGCGAAGCAGCCCCUGCCUCAACACCAGUCUCCUCCUCCUCCUCCUCCUCCUCCUCCAGAUUCCGCGCGUCAGUGGCGAACGGCACUGAUCCUUCUUCGCCCAAGCCUUCAGAAUGGCAGACGUCGAUGCCCAUGGAGCUGUUGAUCCGUGUGUUCAAGUUCCUGCCGCCACGUGAUGUUGCCUGCGCUGGGAGCACGUGCCGAUCCUGGUACCAUGCCGCGUUCACCACAACGACGAAAGCAGCCGAGGCGGCACCUGCUGCGUGCUUGCGCGUGCUCGAGACCUGCUCGGACUCCUCGAUCCUCUGGCGCUUCAAUAGCUUUGGCUACGAGAACGGCGAUGGCGAGCCCAUCGACUGCAACCCGGCACUCAUCAAGUUCCUGGCAUGCAGGGCACGGCGCAUGUACAUCGAGCAGGUGGACAUGGAGGGCUGCUGGAACGCCAACGAUGCGUUCAUGGGGUCGCUCGCCAGCACGCUGCCCAGCCUCCGCCGGCUCAACAUUGCCAAUUGCGGCGAGCUGACGAGCGCCAGCAUGCGGCAUAUUGGCGCCUUGAGGCAUUUGGUGGCGCUGAGCAUUCGCGGUCAGUCGCACUUCGCAGACGCCACCAUCGCCACUGCCCUGUCCAGCCUGAGAUCACUCGAGUUUCUGGACAUGGGCAACCUGCGGAUCCGUGAUGCUGUGCUGGCUGCCGUCGGCGCGUGCUGUCACCGUCUCAAGCACUUGUACCUGAAGGGCAGCAGCAACAUUACGGGCGCUGGCGUUGCCCACCUCGCCACGUGCACGCACCUCGUGUACCUCUCGCUGCGCAACUGCCACCGCGUGCCCAUUGCGGCGGUGCACGCGCUUGUAUCGCACCUCCCCGACUUGCACGUGCUCGACGUGCGCGGCUGCUGUGUGCGCGGGGACGGCGCAGACCUGCUGCCUUUCUUCAGCAACCCAAGCCUGCACCUCAUCUCCACACCCUCCAUCCUCUUGCAGAUUCCACUCACUUUCACCCUCGAGUCCCAGAACGACGGCUUUCGCUACAUCCGUGUGCGCCCCAACACCACGCCCGCUCGUGGUAGCGUGCCUGGAUAUGGCGAUGACGGUGAUGAUCAUGCGAGCGGCAAUGACACCACGGGUAACGUGGCCGUGUCUGACAGCAGUGCUCGUGCACCGGGCAACCUGCGACGCAAUAAUCCCAUCAGUAGCUCUGCCGCGACUACUCCAACUGGUAGUACUACUAGUAGUGGAACUACAAGUACGGCUACUCGAACUCCAGCUGCUCUAACUCCAACUCCAACUCCUGCUGCUACUGCUGCUACAACUGCGACGACUGCUGCAGCUGUCGCUGAUGAUGGCGACAGCUUUGACCCGACCGAAGGCGGCCCGCUCGAGCUGUACACAUAUCAGCUGGCGUUUGCGCCCGCACUCAAGUGCAAUCUCCCGCGCUGGUUCAAGUUCACGUGCAUGAUGUACACGACGGGGCAGCCUUGUGAUGGUGAUGGAGGCAGUGGUGAGGAUCAUAAUGGUGAUGAUGGUAAGGACCAUAGUGGUGAGGAUGGUGAUGGUAGUGGCGGUGGUGGUGAUGGCGAUGGCGAUCGUGCCAGCAUAAAUAGAGCGGACACGGCACGCAGGCCCCAUACGCACCGACACCACCAACAGCAGCAACUGCCGCCGCAUAAGAGGAGCAAGAGGACAACGGAGCCAUCAUAGCUGCCUGUGCUCGCG